AAAAUAUAUUUCUGAGAUGAGUAGACGAGGGAAAAUCAUAUGUUAUGAAUUUAAAAAUAAAAGUAAUGCCAAUUUUUCUUAAUAAUACCAUAUCAGCAAAAAAUAAUGUCUAUUGAUUCCUUCUCAUUAUUAAGCGAUUCUUUAAAUGUGAUCCUAAGCAAUAUAGCGAUAUUCGAAGAUAUGAUAGAUCUACUACCCUCAAACUUAAAGGACAAGGCCUCCUUUCUCAUGGGUAAACGCAAGCUUAUCACCGAUGCCAAUAUUCACUGUAUUUUGCACCCCGGCACUCAUGAAAUCGAUCUCAGCCAAUGUCACAUAACCGAUCAUUCCAUAUUUAAACUCUCGUUGUGUCCUUUACUCACUUACAUCAAUCUCGAAUGUCUCAGCAAUAACGACGGUCUUUCCAAUUAUCGUAUCAACUCAAAAAGUCUCAUAUUGCUUGCUGAAAUGUGUCCGAAUUUACAAGACGUCUUUUUGACCCGAUGUGAUACUGUGACAGACGCCGUCAUACAGAGCCUUGCCCAGCAUUGUUCCCACCUUCAUAAAAUCAAUAUUGGUGGUUGCAAACUCAUCUCCGACCGUUCCCUCGACCAUCUUUCGCUACACGCCUAUAAUCUAUGUUGCAUCGAUUUCUCCUACACUUUGGUAACCAACAAAGGCGUUCACAAAUUAGUCAACGGAAAAUGCAAAAAUACUCUUAGGGAAGUUUCUAUGAACGGGUGCGUUAAUCUUACAGAUGAAGCCGUUGAAGCAUUCAUACCCUUUACCAGCUCAUUGGUUAUACUUUGUUUCCAAGAUUGUCCACUUAUGACAUUCAGGUCAACUGUCGCGUUAGCUAGAAUCACAUCUCAGAGAUCAUUACAAUAUGUAACAUUUACUAUAUAUUAAAUUAACCAGAUGUCUUAAAGCUAUCACUUGUAAAUCUGUACCUAAAUAAAUAAUUAUUCUUUAAAAUUAUAUUUUUAUUAAGUUUUAUUGUGAAAACUAGUCAUUUAAAGAUUUUUGUUUUCGUAUAACAUCUUAAAAUAAAAAAAUAGUUUUUUUCUUAAUCAUCCUUGAGUAUUACGAAUCAUUGCAUCAUUUAUUGUUUUAGAAAAUAUAUUUCCUAUUAAAUUAUAAAAUAUAUAAUUAUAUCAUCAAAAUUUUAACUG